AUGGAUCAGCUUUCACUAUCGGAUACCAGCACCGAGCUGAUACGAACUGAUGAUGACUUCAAAGAAAAUGUUGGGAUGGCUGCUCUGUCCCAUUCAUCAUCCCUUUUUUCGACCUUGCGUAUCGAAGAGACCACUCCUAAUUCGUCCUUCUCCAUCAUUUCUGGCUCCACUAACACCACCAGCUCCAGUACCACGGCCAUCUCGAGCCCUUAUUCCACUUCACCAGGCAUUCUUGACUCUACCAGGCAUCCGGAUGCAGCUCGCCUCCUUUCAGAAACGGUAGGUCAGGCCUCUUCUACAGGCAGAUGUGUAAUUACAGAGCCCACGGAUGAACCGUGUGUAUCCUCAUCUGCCUUAUUAGAUGCUUGUCUCAAAACAAGUUAG